GAGCCUUUGGAUUAUUUUCUCCAAAAGGAGACACGUGCCUUUUUUCCCGUGUUCACUUGGCUUUUGCCUUGUGGCUGUCGGUCUUCUUGGGCAGCAGCACGGCCUGGAUGUUGGGCAGCACGCCGCCCUGCGCGAUCGUCACCUUGCCCAGCAGCUUGUUGAGCUCCUCGUCGUUGCGGAUGGCCAGCUGCAGGUGGCGGGGGAUGAUGCGCGUCUUCUUGUUGUCGCGGGCCGCGUUGCCCGCCAGCUCCAGGAUCUCGGCCGUCAGGUACUCCAGCACGGCAGCCAGGUACACCGGGGCGCCGGCGCCCACCCGCUCCGCGUAGUUGCCCUUGCGCAGCAGCCGGUGCACACGGCCCACGGGGAACUGCAGCCCGGCCCGCGACGAGCGCGACUUGGCCUUGGCCCGCGCCUUCCCGCCCUGCUUCCCGCGGCCGGACAUCUUCGCUUGCCUGCUCGCUCCUAAGAAUGACCAGCAGCUGAGAGCAGAGCCGACAGAGUCCAGCAGCUAUACCCUUGCUUUUCCACCUCGCCCCUGCUCUGAUAGGCUGAGAAGUAGGUCUCGUGUGGACAACCAAUGAGAAGGUGAAUCCAAAUCUGACCUAUUACAGUGGUCUAUACGAGAAUGGGACGUACUGUUGCUGUUGCCCAAUGAGAGUGCGCAAAGGUAAUGCUGCUUAUUUGCAUACCAGAGCUAUAAGUACGAGGUACUCGGCUGUUUUCGUUCAGUUCGUCUAUCGCCAGCUGCCUGAGUCGGAGCUGAUUUUAGAGACGCGCGUUUGUUACGAUGCCUGAGCCGGCCAAGUCCGCCCCAGCGCCCAAGAAGGGCUCCAAGAAAGCCGUCACUAAGACGCAGAAGAAGGGCGACAAGAAGCGCAAGAAGAGCCGCAAGGAGAGCUACUCCAUCUACGUGUACAAGGUGCUGAAGCAGGUGCACCCCGACACCGGCAUCUCGUCCAAGGCCAUGGGCAUCAUGAACUCCUUCGUCAACGACAUCUUCGAGCGCAUCGCCGGCGAGGCCUCGCGCCUGGCGCACUACAACAAGCGCUCCACCAUCACGUCGCGGGAGAUCCAGACGGCCGUGCGGCUGCUGCUGCCCGGCGAGCUGGCCAAGCACGCCGUGUCCGAGGGCACCAAGGCUGUCACCAAGUACACCAGCUCCAAGUAGAAUAACUGGCACCGUUAGUUUUAACCCAAAGGCUCUUUUAAGAGCCACUCACAUUUUCAAUAAAAGAGCUGCGCAUUUAAAAAUCGGCGGAAGAAAACCACGGGGUGGAUUUUCAAUGUAA